CCUCGGGACAAAGAAGGCCGAAGAUGGCGGCCGACGUGCAGCUGCUGUGUCUGGCCUCCAGCAGUGGGGUCCCCCUGUACUGCAGGAGCAAGGGGCGCUGCAGACAGCUUCCCUUUUCUGUGAUCGGGUCACUGAAUGGGGUGCACAUGUUUGGCAGUAAUCAGGACGUAUUGCUGACCAGCACUUGUACCGAGAACGCCCGGGUUUUCUGGAGAGUAUUUCACGACAGCAUCACUCUGAUCGUUAUGACCUCCCAGGUAGACGCAAGCGAUCUUUACCUGAGUCGCCUGCUGCAUAAUGUCUUCAGUUCCAUGGUUUUGCUGAUCGGCCAAGACGACCUGGUGAACAUCAAGAAUGUGGAGAGACUGAAGCGAGAUCUUAGGUCCUGUUACAAACUCAUCGACGGUUUCCUGAGUGCCACGGAGGGAGUCGGAGACCUGACGCAGAGCGUGGGCUGUGUGCUGGUCACAGACAGUGAGCGGCUGCAGGAAGCUCUAGAUGCGUUCGUAGCCGCUGCCGACAGUCACUUUGGGUGCCUGAUGGUGGCGGGAAAGAUGGUGGUGGCUACGGCAAAGUGGUGGCGGCUGGAAGCACAGGAGGUGAUGCUGUUGGCCUGGCUGGUGGCAUCUCUGCCCCCCAGCUCGUCCCGAGACUAUCCUAUCUACCUGCCCCACGGGAGCCCCACCGUACCUCACAGACUGCUGACGUUCCAGCUGCUCCCAGGACUAGAGGUGUGUUUGCUGUGUGGCCCAGCUCCCUCUCUAGAGCACGUUCACACACAGUUGGUUGCCCGGUAUUGGAGCCCGGAGCUGGAGAUGUUGAAGGGGUGUGUCAGGGCCCACCAGCGCUCUGUCCCACAUAGCAUGCCUCUGCACCAGAGCAUUCUAGGUUUCCUCUUAAUAAACACGGAGCAGAAUAAGAACCUCUUCACGUUACAACCACACGGGUCUGAGGACAGCAGUCUACAAGCUCUUCCAAUUGAAAGGCGCGAGUGUAUCUUGCGAUCGUUUUAUAGCCUCGCUGUCUCUACUUAUUUUCCUGUGGAGUCUGGUGAACAGGAGCCUGUUGCGUUAAGGGAGGAUUUUGCUGCCGGCUUCUCGCACACAGCAGUGGAGUGCUACGUCGCAGCUGAGGACCACAAGUGUUACGGACUCCAGAGCCGCCAACACCAACUCUUUGUCCUGUUCACCCCCAUCGUGCCCACCUUCGCCCUCCGGCACAUCGCGACCAAAACGCUCACCUUACUGACCAAGGAGGUGUCUUUCUAAGAGCAGCCGAGUUCAACAACAACAACUACAGCGACCCCCACGCAGUGGUAGCAUGUCUCAAGUCAGCAUGUGCAUCAGUGUGGCUCCUACUCCCCACCCACAACUCCUUCCCUCCGCGCUCCCCUCACCCACUCUUUGUUUGCCACUUCGAACUGCUUGUCACUAGGCUACGAGGGAGAGAGAGAGGAUACAGGAAAUAAAGGGAACUGGAGAAGGGUGAUAACGGACAAGAGGGGCGUUGGAGAGGGCAGAAGGGGAGGGGGCAGGAAAAAGACAGGGAGGGAAAUGAAAAGAAAAAUAUUUAUUUGAGCUGAUGUGAAAGUAUCAUAA